GACCCGCUGGCUGCAGCAGCAGCAGCAGAGGGGCACGUAGGGAAUAGGCUGCUCAUUUAGUGCAGGCAGUCCGAGGUGCAGCAUGCCCUUCACAAGACGCAGGGCUUCCUUUCUGGGGCAGCAGCCCUCUACUUCUGCAGCGGAGAGCGCGGGCACCGCCAGCCGUAGGGUUAGCAUCGGUGGGGCAGGCAGCCUGUCAAGGCCGUCGGGGGUUUAUGUGGGAAUUGUGCCAACAGGAGGUGUCAGCAGCCUGGGCACCCGGGUGUCCCGCAGAGCUCUGGGUAUAAGCAGCGUCUUCUUACAAGGCCUCCGUAGCUCUUGCUCAACUGUCCCAUUGCCCCAGGGGCUGGAAAGAGGACGGGGCCUGUCUUACGAGAGCCUGAAUGGGUGCCUGGUGGACUACAUUGAAAAGGUGAGAGCUUUAGAGCAGGUCAACCAGGAGCUCGAAGACCGCAUCCGUGUUUACCUGAACAAGAAAUCUUCCAGCGCCAACAACUGGGGAGCCCUGAGAGAGAGCUGGGAAACCAUCUACCACCAAGUUGGCGAUGCAGUCAUGGAAAAUGCCCGGCUUAUGUUACAGACAGAAAAUAUUCAAGCCUGUGCCGAAGACGUUAAGGACAGGUAUGAAAAUGAGCAACCAUUCCGAAAGGCAGUGGAAGAUGAAAUUAAUUCUCUCUAUAAAGUGAUUGAUGAUGCUAAUUUGACCAAGGUGGAUCUGGAGAGCCAGAUCGAAAACAUGAAAGAAGAAUUAACUUUACUGUCAAAGAGUCAUGAAGAGGAUGUCAAGAUGCUUUACAAGCAGCUUGCUGUCUCGCCACUGGAAGAACUAGAUACUCCCAUUGGAACGGGCCUGGAUGACAUACUGGAAAAAAUCCGGAUUCAUUGGGAGAAAGAUAUUGAAAGGAACCGUAUUGAGACUGGCGCCUUGCUCCACACCAAGCAAGCCACAGAAACAGUACCUUCUGUACGGACACAAGAGGAGGAACUGGUUGAGUCCCUGAGGGUAGAGUUUCAUGAAACAGCUUGCAAAAUCCAAAGCCUGCAAGCAGAGACUGAAUCACUGAGAACUCUGAAGAGAGGUUUGGAGAACUCCCUCUAUGAUGCCAAGCACUGGCAUGACAUAGAGCUUCAGAAUUUAGGUUCUGUCAUCACCAAGCUGGAAGCAGAAGUAGGAGAAAUCCGAGCAGAGACUGAGCAGCAGCAGAGGGAUCGCGAAACUCUGCUGUCCAUUAAAACACAGCUGGAGAAAGAUAUCACUGCGUAUCACUGCCUUCUAGACAAAGAAGAGAGCAGCUGAUUUUCAAAUUUGUUGUCUUCAAAAGACAAUGAUUGUUGCUCAAAGCACAGGAUGAUCUCACUGGCAAAAGUGUCCAUGGAAACGAUGAAAGCCAAUGCAGCCUGCUCCAACUUGAUUCGUCAACUUAAGUAGGCCACAGCUUGACCGACUGCACUAGGCAUCCCCACGUAUGAUUGCUUUGCUUACAGGUUUCAAAACUUCCUAUAUGAUUAUAGAAUAAAAUAUCAGUUCAA